CUAACACCCAGGUACCUACCUACUGCUAGGUGAACAUGGACAGCAGUUGUCUUAAGGAAACACGUCCUAAUAUUUCCACCCGUACCGGGGAACGAAUCACGGACCUCUGUGUAUAAGCUAAGUGCGCUACCAACCCAGCUACGGGAAACUCUAUGUUUAUUUUGUGUUAAGACACCUGCUGUCCCUGUUCACCUAGCAAUAAGUAGGUACCUGGGUGUUAGCAGAUUGGCGUGGGUGGUUAACCUAAGUUGCGGGAAAUGCUCUACAUAACCAGGGACUUUCUAUACAGCAUGUCAUUGAUGUCAGCUAUGUGGCGGAAGUUCAGCUUCUUCGAUGUCAAGGCUAAUAUCGAUGGUGGGAAGUUAGCUGAAGCAGUUAAGGAUGCAGAAGUGACUUGUACAGCAGCAGGCCGUGGCCAUGUUUAUGUGGGAGACACAAGUGGAUGGGUCCACAGCCUCACACGUCAACUUAAACUGGAUUCUUUCCAAGCCCAUGAUCAGGCGGUGAACUCCAUCGCUGCCUUUGAUCAUACCAGUGUUGUAAUAACGUGGCUAGAAAAGACUGAUGGCAAAGACGGCCUUUCACAGAUCAAGGUUUGGGCUCCAGAUAAGCCAGAUGUUCAUGGGCAUCCAGCAUGUCUGCGCACCAUCAUCCCGGACCCAAGGCCUGCUUCAGGGUCAAGGUCAAGCUCAGUGCCCCAGCAAGCAAUGAAGGUACCCAGAGUGACUGCUAUAGCAGUUCAUCCCAACUUGUCCAUGAUGGCUGUUGGCUUCUCUGAUGGUGCAAUCAUGCUCUAUAGAGGUGAAGUAAGUCGGGAACGAGGCAGCAAACAUAGGGUUCUGUUGACUGUGUCGAGCGGUGUCACAUCUCUCCACAUCCGCCACACAACCCGCGCCACCCACCUCUUCAUCACGUCCUGUACCAAUAUUUAUUGUCUCAACUGCACUGUCAAGGACAAGGAAACUACAUUUCAGGCCAUCUACAGCUAUACAAGUGACAGUCGAGGAUCAUGUUAUGUGUUUGAGGGAGAGAAAUCACUGGUGGCCUGGUUCAGGGGAUACCUCAUCGUUGCCUCCACAGACAAGGGAGGACCAGUCGGCAGGGUCAGCGACCAAAACAUCACUAUAUAUGAUCUGACGAACAAGCUAGUGGCCUUGAGCACCAAGGUACAGGGAUUGGCUGGUGUUGUGAGUGAAUGGGGAGGACUGUAUCUGGUCACCGCACAACCCGCCCUCAUACACAUGUCUGAGAAAGAUCUCCACAGCAAAUUUCAACUUCUUUUCAAGAAGAAUCAGUUUGAUAUUGCUAUUAGUCUGGCCAAGACACAAUGCUGCGACCAGGAAGAAGUCGCGGAAAUUUUACGUCAGUACGGAGAUUGGCUGUACAGUAAGGGCAACCAUCCGGUUGCUAUGGACCAGUACAUCAAGACCAUCCCCCAUCUCGAACCCUCGUAUGUCAUUCGGAAGUAUCUGGACACCCAGCACAUCCACAACCUGACAACAUACCUGCAAGCAUUACAUCGGUCAGGAUCGGCGACGGCUGACCACACCAGUCUCCUCCUCAACUGCUACACACGUCUGCGUGACACGAAGCAACUUGAUGAAUUCAUUAUGAGCAAGGAUGGUGCUGUUGACUGUGAUGUGGAGCUGGGUGUGCGUGUGUGCCGCAGCGCAGGCUACUUCGAUCAUGCUCUUGCUUUGGCAGCCAAACAUAAGCUUCAUCACCAUCAUCUGGCAAUUCUCAUCGAUGACAAGAAAGAUUAUGUUGCUGCUUUAAGAUAUAUUUCCACUUUGGAGCUAGAAGAAGCCAAAGCAAAUGUGCUGCGUUAUGGGUCGGUUCUACUGAGUCAUGUGGCAGAUGACACCACAGAGCUGCUCAUCAGACUCUGUACAGACUACAAGCCCAGUAAUACUCCAAUUAUUAGAGAGGGCUCUUUGGAUGGGUACCUCACCCCAGAGGAGCCAGUGUAUGCUGAUCCCGAAGAUUUUGAGUAUCUGCUGGUGGGCCACAGUGAGCAAGCUAUCACAUUCCUGGAGAAGAUGGCCACUAUACCUGGCAAGCUUUCUGUCAAGUUAUACACCACCUUGCUAGCUGAAUACCUUCACCAGUACAGUCUUGCUCCUGAAGGUCAGGAGCAAGUGGCGCUCGGCGAGAAAGUGAUGGAGCUUUUACGCAGCUCUGAUAAUGAGUACUGCCGGGACCACGCACUCUUACUCUGUGACAAGCUCAAGUUUUAUGAUGGCAAGCUUCUAUUGUGGGAGCAAGCUGGAAUGUACGAGGAGUUGCUGUCUUGGUAUGCCGAACGCGGGGACAUGGAGAGCUUGUUGGCCGUAUGUGCUCGGAAGUCACAGCAGUAUCCUCGCCUCUGGUGCUCAGCCCUGAAGCUUCUGACAUCUUCUACGUCUGUUUCUGCUCCAGACCCACAACACCUCAUGACUUGUCUCACCAACAUAGAACAGAAGGGAUUAUUGCCUCCAUUGGAGGUGGUUGAUGAGCUUGCCAACUCCCCACACAUCACCUUGGGUCAAGUAAGAGAUUAUCUGUUGAGGGUGGUGUCAACGCACUCUGCCACUCUCUCCACCGAGACUGCCCGCACUCAACAGUACUCCCAGGAAACCACUAAGAUGAGGGACACCAUUCAUGAACUGAGGACUAGUGCCACCCAGUUUACAGCAACAAAGUGCAACAUCUGCAACAAUGAGCUAGAGCUGCCAUCUGUGCACUUCCUCUGUAGACAUUCCUUCCAUCAACAUUGCUUUGAGAGCUACAGUGAGAGUGACUCUGACUGCCCUGUCUGCUUACCUGAAAACAAGAAGAUGUUGGAAGUUAUCAAGGCUCAGGAGACGCACCGCAGCCAACAUGAUCAGUUCCACGAGCAGCUAGAGCGAUCAGCAGAUUCAUUUUCAGUGGUGGCUGACUACUUAGGACGAGGGGUGUUUACCCAUCUCCAUUCCCUAGCUGCAAUGUACCCUCCACUUAAUACCACUAAAAAUCAGAAUAAAGUUGCACCGCAUGCAGUUGCAGUAAAUGUAGAACAGAAUGUGAAAGACUUUGCCUCAGAGGCCCGUAUCAGGGCUACUGAGAUACGUCCCAAACAUGCCAAGGGGAUGGUUGUUCCGGAGCCUGAAGGCAGACUGCGAGUGCUGGAGAGGGUCAGCCAAGGCCCAGUGGGUGUUGGUGGGGAAGGACGAUUGAGGAUGAGGGAGCGACAUGGUCAGGGAGUAAUGGAAUCUGAGCCAGAGAGCAGGUUGCGAACAGAGGUCCGUGGUGGAUUAUCCCAAUUUACACCAGAUAGAACCUCAAGAGUUGCCAGUCCUCCUGCAGAUGACAAAGUCCGUCAGGAAACCCCAAGUGCAAUUUUAAUGAGUCCUCAAGAAGGUCGUCUGAGACUGGGAGUUACUUCUAAUAUAGCUGUUCCUGUUGCUGAGAGAAAAUUAAUAUCUAAUGAGCCCGUGAGAAUGGGAGGAAGCAGCAGUAAGUGUAGCCCAUCCCUGCAAGAUCACAUCACUGGGUCACCGGCACCCAGCAUGGAUAAAGACUUCACGAAAAGCUCCCCCGUUGAGAGCAUAUCGUCAUCACUUUCCAACACUCACCUCUCAAGACCAAAGACUCUGACUGACAACCCAUUUCAGGAGGAGAAUGUGGGUAGUAGUAAUCCUUUUGCUAAUGAGUUUGAAACAGAGCAGUUGGAGGGCAAUCCUUUUGCAGAUGAAUAUGAUGAAUCUAAAAACCCAUUUGCUGAAGACUCUCCUGAUAGCAAGAGUCCAGAUGAGAAAAACCCUUUUGCUAAAGAUGAUUAUGACUCUCAGUUGAAUCCCUUUGGUGAAUCUUGAAUGUUUAUGGCAUACGAAGAAAGCUUUAUCAAUUUUGCAAUGCUUGGUAUACUAUGAAUCCAGAAAUUAUUUUGAUUUGCCCAUAGUGGAAUAACAUGACUGGAGAUUUUGCUUGAAAUAUAGGAAAUAUUUGAUCUGUUAAGAUAUUUCCAAACAUACACUUGUUUAUAUGCAGCUAUCCUCAUCUUUGCAUGUCCUACAGGUUGACUUUUGCUUCUAAUUACGUAAUUAUAUGUCCAUCAUGUAUAUCAGUCAAUACUGAAUUUGUUGUAGUCUCGUUAAAUAAAAUGCCAGUCUGUCCAUUAAUUAUAGAAUUGUAUAUGUUUUCAUUACUAAAACUCUUAAAGUAGCCUAAUUCUACCCCUAUAAAUUAGUUAUUUUAUUCUUUGGACUAUGUGUAUAUCUCUAUCUCCAACUGAGAAUAGUAUUUGUGUCAAAACUGA